AUGGCGGACCAACCUCCAUUUCCAUUCAAAACGCACACUGGCUCACACUUCUUCACCACCCAUCUUUCAAGAAUUCAUAGCCACCAAACCCCACCGCCAACUCUAUCCAGAAGAUUGUUCCUCCCUUCAGUUUCUGGAAUCUGGGACACCUUAACUGGGGGUAACAAUGCCCGCGAAGCCGUUUCUGCCAUUCGACGUGGAAUGCUACUCUUUCGGCAGGGUGAUGUGCCAGGUUCUUUGGUGGAAUUCGAUAAGGCAAUUGAGUUGGAUCCUCGUCAGAAGGCAUAUCUUUGGCAAAGGGGGCUGUCAUUAUACUAUCUUGAUAGGUUUGAAGAAGGGGCAGAGCAAUUCCGGUUAGAUGUUGCACAUAAUCCAAAUGACACAGAGGAAUCCAUAUGGUGCUUUCUUUGUGAAGCCCAAUUAUGUGGGGUUGACGAAGCAAGGAAACAGUUUCUUGAGGUUGGCAAAGAUCCACGACCCAUCAUGCGGGAAGCCUAUAACAUGUUUAAAAAUGGCGGGGAUCCUGAAAAGCUUGUUGCUGCAUUUUCAAAUGGAAGGGAGAAUGAGUAUUUCUAUGCUUCUCUGUAUGCUGGGCUUUAUUACGAAUCUGAGGUAUGGUUACCCGAUGCUAUGGAAGGACCUACUCCUAUUUCAGCGCUUAUACAUGCUGCUACUAUGGUAGCCGCAGGAAUUUUUCUUGUAGCUUGGCUUCUUCCUCUUUUCAUAGUUAUACCUUACAUAAUGAAUAUAAUAGCUUUGAUAGGUAUAAUAACAUUACUAUUAGGAGCUACUUUAGCUCUUGCUCAAAAAGAUAUUAAGAGAAGUUUAGCCUAUUCUACAAUGUCUCAAUUGGGUUAUAUGAUGUUAGCUCUCGGUAUUGGGUCUUAUCGAGCUGCUUUAUUUCAUUUGAUUACUCAUGCUUAUUCAAAAGCAUUGCUGUUUUUAGGGUCUGGAUCAAUCAUUCAUUCAAUGGAAGCGAUUGUUGGAUAUUCUCCAAACAAAAGUCAGAAUAUGGUUCUUAUGGGUGGUUUAACAUAACAUGUGCCGAUUACAAAAACUGCUUUUUUAUUAGGGAUACUUUCCCUUUGUGGUAUUCCACCCC